CAGCUGAUUAAUUCACAGCAACAAAUAAGUCGCAGUAAUAUCCAACGAAUUCUCUCAUAAAAUUGUGCAAUAUUUAUUGAAAUAAAUAUUGAAAAUCUGGUGGUUAUCUAUAAUGUCGUGCACCUCGUGCCAGAGUAAAUUUUCAUUCUUCACACGCGAGAAUGGAUGCCCGAAAUGUGGAUUUUCUUACUGCAGUAAAUGCCUCAAGUACAAGUGUAAGCUGACAGAUAACAGCGUGAAGAAAAUCUGUGGUCCUUGUUACAAUAAACAAAUGUCACAAUCCGGAGAGAGUUCAGGGGCUGGAUCUGAUGGAUUACCAACUCCAGAAGAGGAAUCCGUACCCUUGGCUACUGUCGACAUUGAACGAAGGCUCGAAGCCUUGGGAAAUCCAGUGAAGCCCCCGAUUGUAAUAUAUAAACAGGACCGCUGGGACGAAUUCAAAACAGGAUUAGAACCAGAGGAUCAAGCCAUCGUCGAAAGAUUAAAGAAAUUGAAAGAGGCAGAUAAGAAGCCACCACCUGUCACCACAGAUGAGAUUCGACGGCGAUUGGCUCUUCUCAAAGACGAGGAUCCCGAUUAUAAACCGGCGUCAAAUGUCUACAAGUUUGACACGAGGUCAGACGAUCAAAAGUCCGAUGACCUGAUCCGUGAGUACAUGGAGAGACUCGAGCUCUCGAAGCAUGAUGCACAAGUCGAUGAAGAUAUUGACCGAAGGCUGAGCAAACUCAAGGGAAUUGAUCCCUCGAAAUCAGAAAUUCCCGAAGAUCUCGACGAGGCGACUGUCACCAGGAAUAUCGUUUCCAGGGCACUUGCUGAAGCUGUCCUGGAAAAAAAAUAUGGGGUCGCAGAGGGUGAUGAGGAGAUGGAGGUGGAGGUUCCUAUUCAAUACGACUCCGAUGAAGAGCUGCAGUGCGCAAUAUGUGAUGCAACGAAGAAUUUGGUUCAGUGUCUUGGCUGCACCGGUGACUUGUAUUGUCCAACCUGUUUUACAGAAUACCACGACGCAAUGGAGAAACACAAAACGGUGCCAGUGAAGACACGAAAAACCAUUCCAGAUUGAAUUCCGUCCAAAAUACAUCUAGAUGCUUUUACUACACAAAUAUUUUCUAAUCACGCUGUUAAUGCUUCAAGCUCGGACGAAAGAAUCCAGAGGCUUUUGAAUUGUAUAGAAUUUUAAAAAAUAAAUAAAAAUUCUUAUGACUCA